AUGUUGGCAUGGCAAGUGUUAGCAAGUUUGUUAUAUUUUUUGUUGAUUUUACAAAACUGUGGCCGAGCACGCAGCAGUCGUCAGGCCAAGGAGCAGCCACAGCCAACAGCAGAGCAGAGGCGUGAUGGAUUAGCAAAGUUCGAGUUUAGCGCGGCAAAGGACACAACAGCAACAACAAUUUUAAAUUUCGCACACAUUUAUGAAACUUUGUGCGCACAACUGGGCAGCAGUAGGCGUGGCAAGCGGCAGCAGGAGCAAGUGGUGCUCAUAACAACGCGGCGACCGUUACGCAUUGCACAACAAUUGCAGCAGGAUCUGCAGGAGCUGCUGCAGCACACGACUACAGUGAAGCCUUUCAACUUGGCUGAGCAGUUAAGGCUGCAGCAAUUGGAGCAGCUGCAGCAGACGCAGCGACUGAAUGUGAGCUACGAGCCGCUGAAGCAGUUGGAGCCGCAGCUGCUGCAGCUGGAGCAGCAAACAAGCAGCCCCAAACCCUUUGAGCUUAUCAAGCAGCUGGACAAGGAGCUGCAGCAACAACAGGCGGCAAGCUUUGAAGAGCCAGAUCAGUCCAAAGCGGCGGAUGAGCCUGAGGAGUCCACACGCGCCAAGGGCAGCAAUAAGCGCAAACGUAAGCGCAUUCAACGUCGACGUAAGCGCAUACGCAAGCGACGUAAGCGCAAACGUAAGCGCGGCAAGAAGAAGCGCAAAAAGAAAAAACAAAAGGGCGACAAAAAGAAAAAGAAACGCAAGCGACGCAAGCAAACAACAAAGCCUCAGAGUCUAGGACAACCUGCUCAUCUGAUCUUUGCUAAUCCUACAAAGCAGCCGCAUCACUAUGCAGCGCAUGCGGCAACACCGCAGCAACAGUUGCUGCUGCAGCUGCAAACCACCAAGCGCCCCGCCACGCCCACCAGCCCCGCCCCAUUUAGCAAAAUCAAAUACUUGCUACGUCACAAUGCCUACUUCAAGAAGAAGAAGAAAGAGUGGUUUCAUCAUAUGGGCCAUGUGCUUUAUCCUUUUGUCAAGUUCGUUGCUUUCUUCACUGUGCUCAAUCCUUUUACUUUGGGCGUCUUUCUCUUUACGCUCAUCUCGCCUGCAGUGUUUGGUUUCAUUGGCUUUGUUGCCUUGAGUGUGCUGGUCAAGCCUUUUCUUCACCUAAUCUUUGGUGUUAAGCAUAGCGUAGCCGCCAUCGAGUACAAGCGCCGUUUGGCCAACAAACGCGCCGAGCAGCUGAAGCUCAAUCUGCGUCCGGUCACCAUACACAAGCAUUACUAUCAACAGCGUCCGCUUGGCCAUGCGACGCCGCCAAGACAUCUGCGUCCUGUUGCCAAUUGGCGGCGACAGGAGGCGCCAGCUGCAGCACCAAAUCCGAAUUCGCAUAGAGCGCUAAGACCUGAACAGAUAAGAGCGGAGCUGGCUGAUAUUUAACUUU